AUGGAUCUCGACAGAGGGAGUUCAUCAUCAAACAUCAGCACGAGUGCACGGGCAAAUCCAGAACGCCCUGUACGACAUGGUGCACUCUAUCAGUUUACACAGCAGAACCUUCCAGCAUGUAAACCUGUCCUUACACCUGCAGCAGUCAUUUCUACAUUUCUGUUGAUGGGUUUAAUUUUUAUUCCUGUUGGAAUCAUUACACUUCGUGCGUCAUAUAGUGUUGUUGAAAUUGUGGACAGAUAUGACAAUGAUUGUGUACCCGAAGAAUAUAGAGGUAACAAGGUAGCCUAUGUAAAAGACAACUCAAUCCCUAAAAACUGUUCGCGAUUCUUGAAGGUACCUAAGUCAAUGAGAGCGCCAAUUUAUGUCUACUAUCAACUUGAUAACUAUUACCAGAACCAUCGAAGGUAUGUCAAAAGUAGAAGUGAUCGGCAGCUCUUAGACGGACUUGGAUACAAUGAUACCAGUUCGUGUAGACCUUUAGAGUCUUCUAAUGAUCUUCCCAUUGUACCUUGUGGGUUGAUAGCAUGGAGUUUAUUCAAUGAUACUUAUAAGUUCAGUCGUGGACCAUCAGAAUUGAAGGUUAAUAGGAAAGGCAUUGCAUGGAAGAGUGAUCGCAAUCACAAAUUUGGAAAGCAUGUUUACCCGUUAAAUUUUCAGAAUGGUACCUUGACUGGAGGUGCAAAGCUGGAUCCUAGUAUUCCACUUAGUGAUCAAGAAGACCUCAUAGUUUGGAUGCGGACUGCUGCUCUCCCCACAUUCCGAAAGUUGUACGGUAAAAUAGAAGAGGAUUUGGAGGAAGAUGAUGUUAUAACAGUCAACCUAAAGAAUAACUAUAACACUUACAGUUUUGGAGGAAAAAAGAAGCUUGUUCUUUCAACAUCAAGCUGGCUGGUCCUAGACCUUAUGGCGACACAGCCUACCCGUCUUGGAAUAAGAAAAGCAUUACUAAAAGCAUUUCUAGCUGAUAAGGCUUACAAUACUGAUUACAAAGCUUCAACUAGCUUACACUAUCACCCAAGAUCAACCUUGACUUGA